AGUUCCAAAAAAAAGUGGAGAGACCAGGGAGUCCAUGUAGGGGGGUGGAGGUGAAUAUUCAUUCAAUAAAACAUAAAAAGAAAAAAGAAAAAAAGAAUAAUAAUAAUAUUGGUCGUAACAGUUAAAAGGCAAAAUCUCUCUUGUGUCGAUGCCGCUUAAUUCUCGGCAAUGUCGCUCUCCGACGCCCGAGAUUGAACCCUGUAGGCGUAAGCCACGCUCUCUUGUCUUCUCCUCUUUCCUUUUCCAUCUUCAAUCCCAAUUUGUCGUCCCCCAAUCGCCUUCUUUUGUUUCCUUCCAUUUUUCUGCACAAAUUCACCCGCUUUUUCUCGCAGCAAUGAGAGCUCGGAAUUUUCAAUUUGGAGCUCCGAUGCGAACGUUCAUGUAGAUAACAGAAUCGCUGCAAACCAUCAGGCUGAAUAAAACUACAAAGAAGUGGGGUUGUUUCUGUAUAUAAAUCUUUGGAUUUGCUUGAUUGAUUUCUCAGCUUGAUUUCCAGAGGAAGUAAUAAGGUGAUAACGUACUGGGGGGCUUCUAAAUCCGACGGCAGUUUGGAAAGAUAUAUGUUUUACGUUGUUGUACCAAAGAAAUUCGGACAAAAUUGGAGAGUCUGCUAAUACGGAGAAGCAGUUGCAUGCCUGUUCUUCAUUUGUGGGUGGUCGGAGGGGAAAUUUAGCAGCCCAGGUAGCUAGCUAACUGUUUUAUGCAGCUCAAUAGGUCUGAGAACUUGUUUGAUACCAUGACCAAUGAGGUUCCUGGUCCACCAGGACGUUGGAUCAGGCAAGAAUCUACCUCAGUUGUUGCAAAUGUGGGGAAGAAUGUACAUGGUAAAAACGUCUUAAUACACACAGGUGAGGAAUUUUCCAGGGAGUAUGUUCAGGAUAGUGUUUCUGGGCGAAGAAUUCCUUCUGGAAUUAAUACGGCUCAGAACCAUGAAAAGAAAGUUCCUUCUGUUGCUAAAGCUAGGAGCCACGAAAAGAGAGUUUCUGCUGUAACUGAUAUGACUCAGAACCAUGAAAAGAAAGUUGGAUAUGAUUGUAAUCAGAAUCAUCAGCUGGGAUAUGAGGAUCUUGCUCGUAUUCUGGGGUUAAGGAGGAUGAAUUCAGAGUGUGCUUCGGAAACAUCUGAAUUUCUCUCUGCAAAAGGAUCUUCCAGAGAGAUUGAAGUUGACGGUUAUGUAGAUAAAUUAAGCAGAUGCAACAAUGAAGAAGGAGAUAAUGGGCAUGGAUCAAGGAAGCCUUGUGGUGAACUAAAUUGUGAUACUUCUGGUUUUGGACCAACUGGUCCACUCAAUUAUAAAUCUGAUUCCCAUAAUUGCAACAACUUUAGUGGGUCAGGAGUUUUAGAUGGUUCUCAAUCUGAGAAGUUGAAAGUUCUCUGCAGUUUUGGUGGAAAAAUUUUGCCUAGGCCCAGUGAUGGGAAACUCAGAUAUGUUGGGGGAGAGACACGUAUCAUCUCAAUCCGGAAAAAUAUCUCAUGGGAUGAGCUUGUGAAGAGAACGUCAAGUAUUUGCAACCAACCUCAUUCUAUUAAGUACCAGCUUCCGGACGAGGAUCUUGAUGCUCUUAUAUCUGUGUCUUCUGAUGAGGAUCUUCAAAAUAUGAUAGAGGAGUACCAUGGGCUUGAAAGGCUUGAUGGUUCUCAAAGACUACGGAUCUUUUUGAUUCCUUUAGGUGAAUCUGAAAGCACAACUUCCUUUGAGGCAGGCACCUUACAGCAAAGCAAUCCAAAUUACCAAUAUGUUGCAGCUGUUAAUGGUAUGGCAGAUCCUAGUCCUAGGAAAAAUGCUGGAGAGCUGAAUUUAGCAAGUGAAGCAAGUCAACCGGAAACUAAGACAUCUGCAUUUCCUGUGGAGAUUAAGAGUAACUUUAAUGCCUUGAAUCCUAACCCAUUUUUAGAAUCCCAGAAUAUAAACAGAUCUUAUAAUCAGUCUCCUCCUGUUACUCCAAUUCUGCAUCAGCAUGGAGAUUCCAAGAUUAUUCACAUGCUACCACAUGGUGAUAACUCAUGCCAGGGUAGUUAUGAGAGCAACUCUUCUUUUGUUUCUACUCAGCUACAUCCUGAGAACUCCAGUUACAAAUACCCUCCAGCUGGGGCAUCAAGUUCAAUAAAUUACCAUUAUCAUGACCCUUAUAAGCUUGCUGACGUUGGAUAUCAAGAUCAGCCACAUGGUGGAAAUUUCAAUAACCUCAAUCUGAGCAAAGAGUUGGCAACUCCUUUGGUUGUCGAUCAAAAUGAUGGUGAUUUUGGUGGACUCUCCCUUGAGAGGCCAGUGCAAAAGGAAAGGACAUUUCAUUCUGAAAAGCCUAGUUUGCGUCUGGAAGAUCCUAUGGGUCUGUUGUCGGAAUGUAAUGACUCUGUUGAUUCUUUCCGGGGCAUACCACAUGCAUUUUCUGACUCCAAAUUGCAAGAAAGUGGAGGGAAGUCUGUAACUGCACACUGUUCACAAGAAGGAAUGAGCCCAUCAUCCCCCUUGAACUUUGCAAAGGCUCAAUUGUCUUUGCUGCUGAACUCAGGUGUCUCACAAGAAAAGCCAACCAAACUGCAUGAGAAUAUCAAUAUCGUCAAUCCCUGGGAGCAAAAUAAGUUAGUAGAUGAUGGGUCACUUGAAGGGCACAAAAUACUGGAUCUCCCAAAUUCUUCUCCAUGUUGCGAAGCAGUGUGCAGGAAGGAACCUACUCAAAAGGGUACUGGUAAUACUGAUGACAAGUUUCAAACUUCUGAAAAUAAUCUCUUUAAAUCUGCGUUUAUGAUGCCUAAUCCAUGUGAGAAAGAUUCUUUGACUUUGGAAACAAUGAAGAGAACCAAUGCAGUAGACCCUCUAUUGGACCAAGAAGGAAAGCUUUAUGGAGGGAGUUUGCUUACCGCAGGUGUGGAAUACAAGAACAAAUUGCCUAAUAAAAACCCAAAUCCAUCUUUUACAAAUGUCUCUGAAGAUACAAUACCUACAUCCUCAGCCAUGGAUUUCAAACCUAUGGUAGAUAACUUGGUCGAGCAUCCUAUUAACUGUCGACAUGAAAAAACUGUCCCUGAUCUAUUGGGCACAAGCCAAAUAGUUUCCAGUGAUCAGAAUUGUGCUCUGACUGGGAGAUUGAUUGAUGAACCAGGAAACAGUGACUCAGGUACCGCAGAUCCAGAAAUUCCAGGCUUAGGUCCGACUGUGAGAAGGCUCUCACACAAUGGAAAUUCUUUGUCUGAUCUAAUGCCUGGGUCGUCCAAUGAUUCAUUUGUCCCUGAACCUGCACUGGUUCAGCCUGUUGCUAGUAAUAUGGUUCAUGAAGAACCCUUGCUAUUAAGCUCUGUAAAUUUGCAUCCAUUGCAACCUCGUGGUGAUCCUGGUAUAAACUCAAAUUUGCAAGACCAGAAACCGUUGCAAGAUGCUGGGUUUAAGCGAGAGGUUUCUCUCCUUGAUGAUGAUUUUGUUGGCUAUCCAAAUUCAAAGGUUGAGAAUAUUGGCUUUGGAGGAUCCAGUUAUGAAGAAUCUAAUGUUGCAGAUGGUAAAAAUAAAAAUCAGUUGGAGUCAGUGGUUACUGUGGAGGAUGUGACUGAUGUUGUUCUUCCUGGCAUUCAGUCUUCAUCCACAUGUACUCCAUAUAACAUGGAUGAAACCAUUGGUUAUGUUAUAUCCCCUACUGCAACAGAAGUGGAAAGCGUCAUUCCCGAGUCUGAGUCGGAGGAUGGUAAAGCAUAUGAUGAGGACAAUGGACCAUUUACUGAUGCAAUGAUAGCUGAGAUGGAAGCCAGCAUCUAUGGCUUGCAGAUUAUAAGGAAUGCUGACCUUGAAGAACUUCAGGAGUUAGGAUCUGGUACAUAUGGAACUGUUUAUCAUGGAAAAUGGCGAGGAACAGAUGUUGCCAUAAAGAGAAUUAAAAAGAGCUGCUUUGCAGGGAGAUCAUCUGAGCAAGAACGGUUGACGAAAGACUUCUGGAGAGAAGCACAGAUCCUCUCAAAUCUUCAUCACCCAAAUGUGGUUGCAUUUUAUGGGGUAGUACCUGAUGGAACUGGAGGAACGUUGGCAACAGUAACUGAAUAUAUGGUGAACGGAUCACUUAGGCAUGUCCUACUUAAGAAGGAUAGAUCGCUUGACCGUCGAAAAAAGCUUAUUAUUGCCAUGGAUGCGGCCUUUGGCAUGGAAUACUUGCAUUCAAAGAAUAUUGUCCAUUUUGAUUUGAAAUGUGAUAACUUAUUAGUCAAUUUGAGGGAUCCACAAAGGCCUAUAUGCAAGGUUGGAGAUUUCGGAUUAUCAAGAAUUAAACGAAACACUCUAGUAUCAGGUGGCGUGAGAGGAACACUUCCAUGGAUGGCACCAGAACUGUUGAAUGGUAGUAGCAACCGGGUUUCUGAGAAGGUUGAUGUUUUCUCAUUUGGGAUUUCAAUGUGGGAAAUCUUGACUGGGGAGGAACCCUAUGCGAAUAUGCAUUGUGGUGCCAUCAUUGGGGGAAUUGUGAAAAACACUCUUCGACCUCCUGUCCCGGAACGCUGUGAUCCUGAGUGGAGGAAGCUGAUGGAACAAUGCUGGUCACCUGAUCCUGAAAUCCGACCAUCAUUUACUGAAAUAACUAAUAGGCUGCGAACUAUGUCUAUUGCGCUUCAGGCAAAAGGACCUAGUAAUCAGACAAGACAGAUGAAGCCUAACAUGUCCUCGUAAAUUAAAGGAGAUAAAAAGCACAUAUUUUAUUUUUCAGGUACCAGAUUGUCGAGCAUCUUCAGUCGAAGCUCAUUGUUUUGAGGAUUGAGAAAAACUUUGCGGUUGAUCAUCCCUACGGUUUGAUGGUCUGUUUUUCCUUCAUUACUAUGUUGAUAAAGAUAAGUUCCAUUUGUUUAUUCUUUGUCACAAGAAAACGCGAGAUGAGAGUAGUAAGUGAUGUGGAGAUCAUUUGCAAAUUUUUCUUCUUAGUGUAGUGUAAUGAAAUUUUCCUGGAAAAAACGAGUGUCCAUAUGUAUAUAUACAUAGAAAAGCAUGAAAAGCACUAUUAUCAAUUCAAUAUUGCUUGACACAAAGUCUUUUGAUUCC